GCCGCACCCCUCUCAAAAGUAAAAAAUUAUGAAAGAAGUAUGGAAGUGAUAAAGUAAUUAGAAAAAAAAAACUUUUCCGGAAAUGAUAAUUAAAACCUCUUUGUGAUUAAAUAAAAACAGUGUAUUGACUUGAAGUGAAUUUUAAAGUUUUUAUUGGACGGACAAGGGGAAAUGGAUGAGUGCAUGUUAAACGAUUUAUUAGAAUGUUCGGUAUGUUUAGAACGACUUGAUACAUCGAGUAAAGUGUUACCGUGCCAGCAUACAUUCUGUAAACGAUGUUUAGAAGAAAUCGUCACCACACACAAAGAAUUACGUUGUCCAGAAUGUCGUGUUUUGGUCGACAUCAAAAUCGACGAUUUACCACCGAAUGUUUUGUUAAUGCGUAUCUUAGAAGGUAUGCGAAAUGCAGCACCAAAAAAAGAUACACAGAGUACACAACAACAACAACAGCAUCAUCAGCGUACAAUUGUAUCCAGUUCAAAUGUUCGGAUACAACAAACGCAACAAAAUAUUUCACAACAUAUUCAAUCGCAAGCUGAUAAUAGAAAUUUUAUUCAACAGAAUAAGGGAACAAUAGUGCCUCAACAACAAGUGUUGCCUCAUCAACCGUAUGGACGAGCUUUGUAUGAUUAUGUUUCUACGGAAUCUGAUGAUUUGAGUUUUAAAAAAGGUGAUAUAAUUUUGCUUCGCAAACGUAUGGACAUGCAUUGGUAUUUGGGUGAAUGUAAUGGUAAACAUGGUUUAUUUCCAUCCGCAUUUGUCCAAGUCAUAAUACCAUUACCGUGCCAUAUACCUCAAUGUAAAGCAUUGUAUGAUUUUCGUAUGAGCGGUGAAGAUGAGGAAGGAUGUUUAGCCUUUAGUAAAGGAGCUGUUAUCAAUGUGAUCAGACGUGUUGAUGAAAAUUGGGCAGAAGGUCGUUUAAACGAUCGUGUUGGCAUAUUUCCAUUGGCAUUUGUUGAAUUAAAUGGUUUGGCACGAUCUUUAAUGAAAUUGUCAACUAACUCACAACCAGGACCAUCACGAGUAGCACCCCCGACUCCCACAAGUGAAGAUAGUACACCGUUAAUAUCUACAGAUUUAAAUAAUCACCACCAACAAGCUCCUAGUGGAGGUGGCACAGGAGCCGCUACAGCAAUUCGGCAAGGUUCAGAUUCAAGUUCAACAAUUUCAUCAACAAGUCCUUCAACAACGCCAAACACUAGUUCCAGUAAUACAUCAUCGAGUUCAAGUACCGCACCUUCAUCACCUACAUCUCCCCCUCCUAGAUCUACCACAACCACUUCAACAACACCAAGUGUUCAAUCUCCACCUUCAUCGGCCCGACCAACCCAAUCACAUCGUGAAAAACGUCAUAGUUUUAGUGCCAUAAAUUCUGGUUCACAUCAUCACUCAAAUCAUCGACAUUCUGCGGAAAUUCUUAGUACAGAUCAUUCAGAAUCGACUGAAGAUGGCAUCGUUACUACACAACAGAAUGGAAUGACACCACCUUCAACGAAUUUACUCCCAGCUGCAUAUAUUGCUCUGUAUUCGUAUACACCACAAAAACCAGAUGAAUUGGAACUUCGAAAAGGUGGGAUUUAUAUGGUGACCGAACGGUGUCAGGAUGGUUGGUUUAAAGGUACAUCAAAUCGUACCCAGAAGUGUGGCGUAUUUCCUGGGAAUUAUGUUGCACCUGCUCGUGGUAUACCUGCAAGAGUAACAACUUCAGCGUCUGCAGUGCGAGGUGGUGGAACAGUUCCACCUCCUUUAGAACCUCGAGUGACUGCAGCAUCUUCUAUAUCUUAUACACGGAAUAAAUCGAUAAAUAAUUCGUUAGCGAUACGUUCAAGUCCGUCUACUCCAAAUAAUCGACCUCCUGAGCUCCCACCACGUUCAGUUAGUCCUGCAACAGCACCAACUUCAACGGUAUCGUGUUCAUGGCAUCAUAGUGUAUCUGCAGAUAAUAGUUCAAUGAAUUCACCACUUGGACGUAGCCAAAGUGCGGUUAUGAGCUCGCCAAACACUACUACUAGUUGUAGUCCAUCUCCAAAAUCCAUAGAAAAAUCAAAAGAACGUAAAGAAAAGGGAACAGUGAGUUUAAUGCGUCGUUUAACAAGUAUGAAACGUUCAAAAUCACCACCUCCAACUACUUACAGUAUGGAUAACCCGGUAUUCGAGGAUAGUCAAAACCCAUCGAUAUUGGUACAUAGUCAAAUUACAAGUCAAACAUCUAGUACUGCACAUCCAGUCCAUGUUCGGUCUGGAUCAUGUCCAAGUCAAUUACUACAAGCAUUACCUCCAUCAUCCACUGGAGGUGCUACAGCAUCAUCAUCUUCAUCUGAAAUGAAUUCAACAAAUGUUUCAACGAGUGUACAACAAUCGAAUCACAGUGGGCAUCAUCGUUUUUUAAUUACAGGUGGCACCACUGGUGGCUCACAACGUAUCAAACAUAAAGAUCGUGGUCAUAUUAUUAUUAAUCAACAGCAGCAAUUAAUAUCAUCAUCGUCUUCCACCAGACAUGGAGGUGAUAGUCUUAUAAUGUCAACAUCCACAUCAAAUCAUCAAAACCAUCAUCAUCGUAAAUCAAAUUCUUUAGAUGCUGGCUCAAAGUCAACAUCAUCUCCAGGCGGUCCAGGUAAUGGAGGCUCAACAAAAUUAUCGACGUCAUCUUCUACACAACAGAUACGUGAACGUUUUCGAUGUAUUGUCCCAUAUCCACCAAACAGUGAAUACGAAUUAGAAUUACGUUUAAACGAUAUCAUUUAUGUACAUAAAAAACGUGACGAUGGCUGGUAUAAAGGUACACAACAGCGUACAGGACGUACAGGAUUAUUUCCGGCGAGUUUUGUUGAAAGUUUUUGACUUUGUUGCUUUUGUGUUCAUGCUUUUUUUUUUCUUUGAAAGUUGAUUUAGUUCAAAUGUGCAAUUUUUCUUUAUCGUUAUUAUUAUUUAUCAGUCAAUCUUUUGACUAAAUUUAGAAAUAAAUUGUUCAUACAGGAUGUUCCACGCUUUGUAUACAAAGUGUUUCAUAAUUGAUUGAGUUAGA